CUCUGCUGGGUAAGCAGUGGGAUGGCCAGAGAAAAGGAGACAAAACAGGCAGGUAACCAGACGAGGCAGCCCCGGAAUGCUGUAAGACGGAAGAUUGGGAGCCUCGUCCAUUCCCUUCCAGGACAGCCAGUGCUUACACCCAGCACCAUCGUUCUCUGGGAACUGCACCGAAGGAAAAUGGAAGAGAGUUCCUCAUCUGCAGAGCACCGGAAAUGGAUCUUGCUGGAGCGGCGCAGGCUGCACGAGCUCAUCCUGACCACCCGCCUGGAUCUGGAGCAGGAGAAACUGCGAGCUCGACGACUCAAGAGGAAGUCCUUGCGUGAACAGUGGCUGAUGGAGGGAACCUCGGCAUCUUCGGAUGAUCAAGAUCCCCUGAGUCCCCUUCAUGAGGCAGAGACCCGCAUAGAGGGAUUACAACACAGCCUGACGGGCCUCCAGAUGCAGGUGCAGCACUUGGAUGAUGUAGAAAUCGACAGAAAGAGUCUGCAAGAGUCCUUGCCGGAGAAGUCAAUCAGAGAUUUGGAUGAGGGGAGUCAGUCACUGGGUGGCCUGGAGGAGGUUGAUGGGAAUACUUUGUCUUCUUCCGAAGGCAGAAGCAAGGGCAGCUGCAUCCCUGAGCUGGCUCCUGUCUCACCCAAGAGGCCUCUGAGUGCUGAUGCCAAAGAGGCCCUGCAGAAUGGAGAGGCACAAGAUGGAGAUCUGUCUGGCAGUGAAUGCAGCCCUGAAGAGGCAAAGGUCAAGGUGAUCCCUGUGGCUACAGAAAAGGGGGUCCACAAGUCUCAUCGGGGUGUUUCUGAGACUACAUCUGCUGCAAACCCAAUGAAUCAAAGCUUGGAUACUAGUAGAGCCCCUGCCAGCCACCAGAGGAAGUUGGCCAUGGAGGAAAUGGUCAUCAGAGACCACCUAGGCCAAGAGGUGGGCUGCAUGGAUGCUGUUGGGCAGAACCAGAACACCUUUGAGAAAGAAGAGGAGCUGGAGGAGCACACAAACUUGGAGGACAGGAGUGAAAGUUGGAACCAGCCCAAGUCUGUUGACAGUGUCUCGGAUCCGAAGAAGGUCCUUGAUGAAGGUCCAUUGGACCAUGAGCUUGGCAGCCGUGACGGCCCAGAGGGACAGUCCCCCACUUCCCAGGACUCCUGGAGUCCCUCCAGGCUUGUAAAGGACGAGAACAACUAUCCCAAGUGGCAAGGAGAUGGAGUGCUGGAGAUGGACUCUCUGGCCAAGGAAGCAGGCGGGAAGGGAGAAAGGCAGAAAGUGGUGUCAGAAGUGGGUGCCCGGGAGAUGCAGCCUGCCCUAGCCCCUGAUGAUGUGCCUACAGCAGAAUCCGUGAAGCAGAAGCAAGGGGGUCAAACAAAGAUGCUGGAGUGGCUGGUGCUGGGGACUACAGAAGAAGGGCAAGGAAACAAGACACCAGGAUCUCAGCUGGAGCAGCUAACAGCAUCUCUUCCACACCAGUUUCCACCUAUACAAGAAACAAAGGCUCUGUCCUCUCAUGAAGAAACCAAAGUGUCUCUUCUAGAUCCCGCCCUGCCAUCUUCACCAACUCAAGUUCUAGUAAUACCUCAGGAUAAAGUUCCUUCUCUACAAGGUACAAAGGGAUCCCCGCUGGACCAGAUCCCAUCCUCUCUUCAGGAAAACGAGGGCUCCCUCCUAGAGCCACAGGUAUCAUUUUUAUCAAACCAGAGUGCUUUACCUCCCUUUGAUCAGAAUUCUUCUUUACAAGAAAGUAAAGGACCCCUUUUAGGUUGGAUCCCAUCCUCACUGCAGGAAUGCCUUUCAGACCAAUGCCUACCCUCUCAGCAAGAUCAUCUUUCCUCGUCUCUAGAAAUUAAACCAUCCCCUUUACAGGGUGAGGUAACCUAUCUGCAGGAUACGAAACCCUCUGUGUUGGACCAGAUUCCGCCAUCUCUGCACGAAGCUGAUGGAAAAUUUUCACUCUGGAGCCAAACCCAAACCCCAUCUCUGCUAGACCAGGCCAUUCCACCUCUGCCAGAAGUUGGACCAUUAAUGCUAGAACAUACUUCUUCUUGUUGUCAUGAAAUUAAGAAAUCCAUAACUCCACAGGGACAGGAACUUUUCAGGCAUGUGAAAGGAUCCCUCCAAGACUCAAUCCCUUCUUUAACCAACCAACCAUCUUCUUUGCCUGAUCAAAUGCCAGCUUUGGAAGUGUCCUCAGUAGUCCCGCAGGGCCAAAUGCCUCCAGAAGCCCAUGGCCCUCCUCUACCAGAGACUGAUGUCUUCCUUCCAAGCCCGGUCCCUCCCUCUGUAGAUGAAGCUUUGCUUCCAUGUGAGAAUUCAACAUCUCUCCAUGCUCAGAUCCCUCAAACUUUGCAGGACAUGAGGUCAAUGUCUCUAGAGGGCAAGGCCCCUACUUCAUGUCUGCAAGAGGUUGACAGAGCUCUUCCAGAUGAAAUCCAGACAAUCCUGCGAAGCCACACCUUGCCUUAUCUUCCUGAAGCUGAAGGAUCCUCUCCAGAACAGGCCCCAUCAACUCUGAAAGACCAAAAGACAACCACUCUGCCGGGACAGGCAUCGUCUUUUCAGGAAGCUGCAAAGUCUCUUCCAGAAGGACAGAAGAACUCUUCAGAUCCUUCCACAGAAGUAGAACCAACACCAACCCCCAACAAAGCCCCAAGUCCCUUACUGCAGGACACAUCCAGUUGUCCCAAUGCUCUGCCCUUCUCCAGCCAAGAGGCCCUCCAGCCCCUCCUGGACAAGACGGAAGCAGAGAAAAAUGGAAAGGAAAAAGAGAGUGGCAAUGCCAGCAUGGCCUCAGCAGGAGCAAGAGCGAUCACAGAUGCCCUGGGAAACCUCCAUGCUGAGCAGCAACCUCUGCUAAAGGAAACCAAGGCAUCAGGAGCCCCUCCGGACAUUUCAAUUGGAGAUCCACAAUCCAAGGCUGGGAUUUUAAAGCCCCAGGGCACCACAUGCCAGCCAGCCCCAACUUACAGCAUCACCUCUGCCAACACUGCCUCGUUGCAUCAGCUCCCGGUUGCUCUGCCCCUUCAAGGGGAAGACCAAGAACCGGAGAAGGGCAAGCACAAAUCCUGCCAGUGCUGCAUACUGAUGUGAGACUUGGCUUUGCCCCCUGGUCCUCUUUAUUCUGGGGCCUGUGGCAGGCUCCAAAAUUGUGAGCAGCAUAGCUAGCCAAUAGGCAAGUGCAGGCAUCACACAGACACACUUUACUUCCUGAAGGGGCAGGAUGCUCGUCCAGGACAUGGGCCUGGGAGGGUGUGUGGUUGUAUCAUAGAGAAAGGACUUAAAUUUCAAGAGGUGGUUGGUCUCUCCACUUCUAUGACACGGCUGCCCUGCCAGGGGAUGGCAGAGGGGAAGGUGAGAAAUGAGCAGCACUUCAGCUAGUUGAGAAGUUCUUGUUGCCUUUGCAGGCCUACAGUCCCACUAAAGCUCCGGCAUUUGGAUGGAAGCGACACACUAGCAAGCACAUACCUCAGCAUACUUGGGAUGUGGGCCUGCAUUUCCUCUGGCACACACUAGCGCAUUAGUUCAGGCCUGGAAAUGACCCUGCUUCCUUUCAUGAGUAUAUGAUUCAGCCUCUCUGGCAUGCAUGUAUACUGUGCAUUCAGAAUACACAUGUCCAUGUACAAGUGUUUUAUGUCCAUAUGCAGAUACAGACAUCCCCAGCCAUGCUGGCAACACAUCAGUUUGCAUCCAGGGCAAACCCGUGCUAGUACAAAAACACACAUUCUCACGCACUUGUCCAUAGCAUUCCGAGGCCUGACCAGUGAAAUAUGUGCAUACAGACCUCUGACAUCCACAACUUUCUGUAUGUACCUGAAUCCAUCUGCCGUCUUGGCUUUUCUCACCAAAUCAGUCUGGGCGUAUUCCAGGUGCUCAGCACCACCUCCUUCCCCUUCUCGUGCUCCUCUGCUAAAAUGGCAAGUAGAGGGUGGCAACUUGCAGCAACUCUUCAGGCAAAGAAGCAGUCCUUGCUGACAGGAGAGGCCCUGCAAAGACAACGCCCCUCCCAGUAAAGACUUCUUGUGGCGCUGCUUUUCAUGCUCUGUCUCUCCCCAAUGGAUGGACUACCACAGACUUUACCCAACUGUCUCCCUCCGUCUCUCCCUCUAGCAGCCGCUGGGCCUGUGCUCUGCCACACCUCAAAGAACCCAGACUCAAACACCCCCCCCCCUCCCUUUGGACGAUUUAUCCUAUGCACUUUCUUUUCAUUUUUCUUGUUAUAACCUCUGUUAGCCAGCUCAAGCCUUUUAAAUGCUAGUUCAGAGAGAUUCUUCAUUAAAGUUAAAUGGAAUGGU